AUGCUAGAUCAAAAAACACAUGUUGUCGGUACACUCCGUGCCAACAAGAAACAUUUCCCAAAAGAAGUUAUGAUUGCACCUAUAAAGAAAGGCGAAGUAGUGGCUAGAGAAGAUCCCAAUGGUAUAGUUGUUCUGAAGUGGAAAGAUAAACGCGACGUUAGAAUGCUAUCGACGAAACAUGCCCCGAUAAUGGUAUCCACAGCAGAUGGAGCACGCAAUCCUGAAGAGCCUUCAACUAGUCGAGGAGCGAGGCGUAAAAGACGAGCAACAGAAAAGCCAUUGGCUGUGGUAGAAUAUAAUAAGGAGAAAGCAGGCAUUGAUCUUUCCGACUAA